GGGACAUUCAACUGUUUUGCUAUUCAUUCGUGAACUUCGUAGUCUCAGGUUAGGAUUAAGCGUCUUUUGAAAAUUUUAAACUAUGAAAAUUAGUACUUUGGCUUCAUGUGAUUCUAAUUCUCCUUAUCAUUUAAUUACGUCCAAUAACAAGUUUUGCAAUUGGUCUUACGAUGAGAAAAUAUGUUGGCCUAUUGCAAAGGCUAAUACAAAUGUAUCCCAACCCUGUCCAAAAGAACUAGGAUUUAAUAAAAUGAAAAUGGUCUAUAAAUACUGUAGAGAAGAUGGAAGGUGGGAAAAUGUUUCACAUUUUUUUGGAUCAACCGAUUAUAGUAGCUGUUAUACUGAAGAAUUAAAAACAUUACUGAAAGAACUUGGAUCAGUUAACGAUACAAAAAAAAAAUUUAACAUAGCUACCAAUACCGGAUUAAUAGAAAUUGUUGGUUCUCUUGUAUCAAUCAUUUCAUUAAUCAUAUCAUUGUGUAUUUUUAUUAGACACAAGGGUUUAUUGGAACAACGAUUCAAAAUACAUAUGAAUCUAUUUGUUGCUUUGUCAUUACAAAUGUUUAUUAGACUUAUUUUAAAUAUUGAUAAAUUGGAUUUAUUAAAAACUAAAUUUGACCGCAAAAAUGUGAACUGUUAUGUCGAUUGCAACAACCAGACAUAUUUAGUUUAUACUGGUAAUUGGAUUUUAGGAAUUAUGUACACACCAAUCAUUUGUGAGAGCACUCAGGUUAUAUUAGAAUGGUCAAAAACUGCAAGUUUUAUGUGGAUGUACAACGAAGGAGUUUACCUAUAUAGAAUAAUAAAAUCUAGAGUUUUAAGAAUAAAUCCAAUAAAUUUACGUAUGUAUUUAUUUGGUUGGGGCUUACCAGCUUUAUUGACAGCUGUAUGGUUAUUGGUGACAAUGGUUUACUACAAAAAAUCAUCUAGUGUUUGCUGGUGGGGCUACAAUCUAUUACCUUUUUUUUGGAUACUCGAAGGACCUCGGAUUGUAAUUAUUAUUAUAAAUUUUAUUAUUUUGAUUGUUGUAUUGAGAGAGCUUUUAAAGAAAAUCAAAUCAAAAUUGACACCAUCAAAUGAACUUGAUAUCAUAAGAAAAGUAUCUAAAGCAGCAAUUGCUCUUGUGCCUUUACUGGGGAUUACAAAUUUUAUAUUAGUAAUAUUACCCGAACCUCAUGCAAAAAGUCCAGAAUUAUUUGCUUUAUGGUCAUAUUCAGCACAUAUAUUACAUUCAUUUCAAGGCCUAAUGGUAUCAAUACUAUAUUGUUUUAUAAACAAAGAUAUCAAAAAUUCGUUUGAUAAACGAAUGAUGCUUCAAAAAUCACGACGAAAUUUUGAGAUGGAAAUGACCUGAAUUAGAACUUAAAUUAAUAUUAUCUACUUAACAUUAUACAUUUUCAUUAAUAU